UAGAUAUCGGAGUGGGUCAGAAUCGUGGAUUGUGUUCAGGGUACACAGACAGAAAUGACGAGACUGGAAUUUCUAGUCGGUUUAGUUAUCUUUCUAGUUUCAGGGCCGCUAGUUGCCUCAGAGUAUAUUCGAGGAUGUUACUAUACCAACUGGUCCCAACAUAAAUCACCUGCUUUUCUACCAGAAAAUAUCAACCCCGGACUGUGUACACAUAUCUUCAUAGCUUAUGAUGGCAUCAACACUUCUUCCCUUGAGAUAAAAGGAACAGAGGCCAACGACAUAGAAAUAUUCUCACGAUUGGUGGCUCUGAAAUCAAACGACCCAUCACUGAAGCUCUAUCUUUCGAUUGGCGGAUGGCAAACCGGAAGUUCUGACUUCUCAUCCGUGGCGUCAUCUGACGGUAAAAUCACCCAGUUCGCUGAUAACGUUAUAACAACGUUGAGAAGCAAUGGUCUUGAUGGAUUGGAUGUUGCCUGGUUCUAUCCCGGCCUCUCUCCAUCACCGGCUUCUGAUAAAUCCAGGUUUACUACACUCCUGAAAAUUUUGAAAACCAAGUUUGCUGCAGAAGGUACAGCGACUAAUAGAGCACCACUGGGUCUUACAGCUACUGUUGCGUCCAGUCCGGAUUACGCAGACAAAGCUUACGACCAUGCCUCGAUACAACAAUAUGUUGAUUAUAUAAACGUAAUGACGUAUGAUAUCAGUGGAAACUGGAUCCCCCAUAUUCUACAAGAUGACUCUUCUAUACCUAAUAUUGGUUUCAAUUCUGACUGGACGCAGAAGGCGGCCGUGUCCUAUUGGAUGAAUAAAGGAUUUCCCGCCAAUAAGAUCUUACUAGGAUUAUCUACAUAUGGCGAGAAAUUUGAACUAACAGAAGUUUCUGGAAGUCAAGAUCUUGGAAUGGGUGGAGUCUCACCUGUCAAUCUUAAAGCUGGAUUUAUACCCUAUUAUGAGGUUUGUGAAGCUAUCACCACCAAUAGCUGGACAUCAAAAUGGGACGAUGACAAGAAGAUACAGUAUGUUUCUGGUCAGAAGGGAAAAUCUAAACUUUGGAUCGGGUACAAUACUCCCCAAAGUUUUGAUAAAAAGUUGGAAAUUGUUACCGGAUCAAAUUUAGCCGGAGUUUCUAUCUGGUCUUUGGAUAAUGACGAUUUUACCGGAUCGGCUUGUGGUCUAGGCAAAUACCCGUUACUGAACGCAGUGUCACAGGCUUUGAUUUCACCAACAACGUCACCAUCAACGUCACCAACUACGUCACCAACUACUGCAGUUACAUCAAAGAAGAAGUCACCAGCUAGUGAGGAGUAUAUUCGAGGGUGUUACUAUACCAACUGGGCCCAGUAUCGAAGUGGCUCAUAUAAAUUUCUACCUGAAGAUAUCGACCCGACAAUCUGUACCCAUAUCUUCUACGCUUUCUCUAGACUAGAUGGUAAAGGACUGAACAUCGGACCUUAUGAAGCGAACGACAAAGAAAUGUGGGGACGAGUUAUUGCCCUUAAAUCACAGAAUCCGAAACUAAAGGUUUAUCUUGUGGCCGGUGGUUGGAACGAAGGCAGCUCCAACUUUGGUUAUAUCGUAGAAAAAGACUCCCGAAUACGCCAAUUCGCUACUAAUAUGAUUUCGUUAUUACGAACUGAAGGAUUUGAUGGUUUUGAUGUGGAUUGGGAAUACCCUGGGGCUGGUGAACGAGGGUCAGUUGCUGCCCAUAAACAACGGUUUACUUCCUUCCUUAGGAUAAUUCGAGAAGAAUUCACCAAGGAAAGUGAGAAAACUGGCCGACCAUCAUUAGAUUUAAUAGCCGCGGUAUCUCCCAGUCCGUACUUCGCUAACAGAGCUUACGAACAUAGCAUCAUCCACAGAUAUUUAGAUUUCCUGAACGUGAUGACGUAUGAUUUAGCCGGUACCUGGCUGGCCACCGUACAGCAUCACAGUGCCCUGAAACCAGCAACUACUUUCAGUACGGAUUGGGAUAUGAAACGAUCUAUCAAGUAUUGGACUGACAAUGGUUUCCCUGCCAGUAAGAUUGUGUUGGGUCUAUCUAACUAUGGACGAGGCUUCAAGAUUGGCAGUGGUAGUCAAUCCGCACCGGGCGUCAAACAGCUGGGGGUCGGGAGUGCUGGCCCGGGACUCCAACAGUCCGGAUUCUUGUCUUAUUCAGAGAUCUGUACGUUAAUUAAGUCGAAUGGCUGGGUAUCGAAGUGGAUGGAAGAACAGAAAGUACCCUAUGUAUAUGGUAUGUUAAACGGUAUAUGGAAUUGGGUCGGUUAUGAUACACCACGAAGCUUUACUGAAAAGAUCGAGUUUGUGAAGUCACAAGGAUUAGCUGGAGCGUUCGUCUGGUCCUUGGACAUGGACGAUUUCACCGGGACAGCUUGUGGAUUGGGCCAAUAUCCUCUGUUAAACACCAUCAUUGACGGUUUUAGAGGAAGUACUCCACCAACAAAGCCACCUACUUCCGGUGAUAUAUUCCAAGAGGUGACGACCCAAUCCGUUAAGAAAUCCACUCCAGGCGACCCUAGUUCGUUUGUACCAAGCUGUGAUGCGAGUGGAUUUGGACCAAAUCCUUUCGACUGUACCAAGUUUUAUCAAUGUAACAAUGGACAGGCUUAUUCUCAAUUGUGUGUCAGCGGAUUAGCAUGGGACCAAUCUAUAAGUUCCUGUAACUGGCCAUCACUUGUCCCUGGAUGUGAAAGUUGCUGUACCUAAACCAACCGAUCUCAGCCCUAUUCAGGUACUUUCGACAGUCAUCUCCUGGGCCAGAAAACCAGAAUUUUUUAGAGUACAAUUAUACCCAGAAAAUAAUCGAAAUGAAAUAUGUAGAUCUGAAUCUUAUUGGGUGAAAUAACCCAGAGCAAAUAAACGUAGAGUUUUAGUUUUUGUAAGAAUGUAAGAAUUGUAAAUAGGUAUUAAUGACCUCUGAAUGUUUUAUUUCUGGAUAUAUAUAUAUAUAUAUGUUGUUUUAUAUUAUUAGUGUCUGAAUGUUUGAGUGAAUGUUUAUCUUUUUAAAUUAGCAGAUUAUGACAUUUUGAAUAUAUAUAUCUUAUUGAGUUA